AUGAUUGAUUUGCUUAUUUCUAGACGACAUCCUCCUUUGCCAGCAUCGCCCUAUGAGCGACCAGCAUCCUCGCGCAUCGAAAGACCAUAUCGUCGCUACACUGAGUCACGGGAUGCGCCUUGGGACCGUGACCAACGACCACACGGGUCCUCCAAUAGCUCGCCUGUGCGCACUGGCUCGUUUCACAGGUCACCACCUACCUUUCACGACAGUCCUGUGCCCAAUCAUGUGGACCAUCUACCUCCCCGAUCUCGUUCAUCAACACUGAGAGAAAUCUUGCAUUCACCUCAGAACCAAACACCGAGACGCACCGAUUUUGAGCCUGUUCAUUCUGAUUCGCGUUCGGUCCCGCGGCCGAACCAACUCGUGUCACAGUUUCCGACUGGAACGUACAAACGACCAGAAGUCGAUCGAAGCAUGAAUGACAACCCACCGCCAACUGCUUUGUCACGUUCAUCCGAUGCGUUAGAUACCUCAUCUGGGUUUGGUUCUGCUCGGUAUCCAUCGUCGCGACCUCCUGAUGGAUCGCCGCCAAAGACGUAUUCUGCUCCGCAACGCACACAGCCACAGACUCCCGAGAGUGCUCCUGUUACCCGCCCACCACCGCCAUCGUCACCUCGUCAACAAUCUAGGGAGGAAGCUACCGACAAUGCCAACGCAUCUACUCCACGAGUACUGUCCCUGAGAGAGUCUCGACCGUCGCAUGUCAAACCAAAGGAAUACACAGGCUCGCAAAAAUCUUUUUCCAAACCCGCGUUUCCGCGCACGCAUGAAGGAGGCCUUGAGGAUAUGCGAAAGAUGUUCAAUGCUCUUACGCGACCCCCAAUCCUGACACCUCGUAUACAUGGAAACCAUUGGACUCCCAGGCGAUGGGGACCCAAGGAUACAAAUUUUCGUUUUCCCGCAAAGGAGAAUAUUCCGAGUACGGUAGUAGAUGCGGAGCAAACCUUACAAAACGCGGCGCCUGCUCGUCAAGAUGAGACUGUUGUUGGCUCGGACGCUGGGUCUAAACCUCCUCGCCUCACGAUUGAUACCAUCAUGAAAGCCCAAAAUUCGGAUGACGAAGGCGUGACCAAUGAGUACGAAGACUCGAGUAUCCAGUCAAGCUGCAACGAAAGUCCCCCACCAUCUGCACCUCCUCAGAUGGUUUCCUGGCAAGGUGCAAGCCUUGGACCACGGGACGCGUUGAUUCGAAUCUUCGUCAACGAAGCGCAAUACCAACAAACCGUUAUUGAUACACUCAAGGAGUCUGUCCAGCGGACCAACGAGGCCAUAGCCAAAUCUCAUGCACCCUCGCAAAAAGGUCCCAUCUUUGAGCACAAGGCACCACAACGGCCCAUCAUUCCGCACGCAUCUAUUAAAGCGGCAUUGGUUAAGCGACUACAGUGGCAAGAAUUCGAGCUCAACUCACGGAUCAGGCGCGCUAAGCAGGAGUAUCAAGCGCGGGCAAAGAGGUGGCAGGAGCAUUGCAAGAUGCUGGACGCACAAAAUCCGCCCGAUGAACCCCCUCCACCUACCAUUCUCGAGACGCCAUUAACCAGUCGCACUGGUCGAAGACGGGGCGGUGUUUCGGAUAUGAUGUACUCCGAGUUUGACCUCGAGCAGUUCAUGCAAAAGCAAGCAGAAAAUGACAAGGUGGAUGCAGAGCUGCUCGGUCGGACGAAUGCCGCCGAGAUUCCGGACAUGAUUGCAGUCACGCCUGCUUGUCAUAGCGCCUACAGAUUUGAUGAUACGAAUCGAAUCGUAUACGACCCCAACGACUUUUACGACUAUUGGGUCAAGGAUGCGUGGACGGAAGAGGAGGAGAAGGUAUUUUUCCAACUGCUCAACGAAGUUGGGAAGAAGUUUGGUACGAUUGCGUCGCACCCGACUCUCAAGCACAAGACAGUACAGGAUUGCGUCCGGUUUUAUUACCGCGAAAAAGCCGACGACAAGUACCGAGCAUUGGCGCAAGGAACCGGCAAGAAGAAGGGGAAAAGACAUGAAAGCGCGUCCGCGAGUGGCGUCGGAGGUCUAUUGGGCGAUAUUCGCGCAGAGGAGAAGAAGGGCCACGCACUGGUAGCCGAAGAGGACGAGAACAACGAGAGCUCUGAUUCAGCCUAUGAACAGGAAGAGCAGAGUAGAAGGGGCCGUGGGCGAGGGAGAGGGAGAGGGCGGGGACGAGGGGGGUGGCGAGGACGAGGCCGUGGAGCCGCUGCGGCAGCGGCAAUGGUUGUUGUUGGUAAUACAACUACGACUCUUAUCUCCACCACAGACGUCGCUGUUGGAGUAGCAAAGGAGGACGUCCCAACCAUUGUCGCCGAUGAAAUGACUCGCGAGGAAUCUCUCCCGCCUGGCCUUGGAGAAUUGCUUAUACCCGGUGAAACUGACCGAGAGACACCUCCAUCUGCAUUGCCAUUGGUCGACAUUGACAAGUUGGCUUUGGCUCGAGCGCAACCUGGUCCCAACGCGCGCAAACGCAAAAUUCGGGUGGAUGAGGCGGAACCUGAUGGUCCUGUUGGGGACAAUGGUAGCAAACCAGCAGAAAAGAAGAAAACUAUAUCCUCCUAUUGGACCGUUGCCGACAAGACGAGAAUGCGAGAACUCAUCGAGCAACAUGGCGACGACUACGAGGCCAUAUCUCUAUGUGUCAGCCAGAAGAGUGCCGCACAAGUACGCAAUUAUAUCAGGAACAACGCCGACCUGUAUAAUUUCUUGAAAGCGGUGAUGGACUCGAGGAGAAUGAUGCUGGCGAGCCAGGCGCGGCAAGGGAAUGGGGAAGAAUAA